AUGAGGAAGACACUGCUUCUCGUGUUUAUCCACGGCUUCAAGGGCGGUGACGAUACAUUUGGUACCUUUCCAGAGCAUCUGCGCGUCCUCGCAAGCAAGGCAUUGCCUGCUAUCAAUGUUGUUACAGCCGUCUACCCUAAGUAUGAGACUAAAGGUGACUUAAAAGAAUGUGUGGGAAGGUUGCGGGACUGGCUGCAAGAUACUGUGAUUGAUCUAGAAGUCGCCAACCAGACAGCAUCGCCCACUGUUGAUCCCUCCGUUCAUGUUGUUCUGAUCGGUCAUUCAAUGGGAGGGAUAGUAGGAGCCGAGACUUUGCUUUUGUUGGCAACCGAACAGCCAAUCCCCCACAACCAGACUUCAAACACAGAACCUGGGUCAACUGAGACUGACCCUAUCGUGGAGCCGGGCACAUUCAUGUUCCCUCACGUCCAAGGAGUUCUUGCCUUUGAUACUCCGUUCCUAGGUAUAGCCCCAGGAGUCGUAUCUUAUGGCGCGGAAGGACAUUAUCGCAAUGCUGCCACUGCCUACAACACCUUUUCAGAGGUUGCAGGAUUGUUCGGAUACGGCGGAAAAGGCAAUGCCUCGGACAACUCUACUAACCCUGCACCCCCAAAAGAAGCGCCCAAAACGUUGCCUUCAGCUGACGCUGCUGCAACACCCCAGUGGCAGAAAUGGGGUCGGUAUGCCAUGUUUGCCGGCGCGGCUGGUGCUGUUGCUGCAGGUGGUGCAGCUGCCAUGUAUACCCAGCGACAAAAGCUUACCGACGGGUUUACGUGGGUAUCGUCGCAUCUCGAGUUUGUUGGUUGUCUUGCGCGUACUCAGGAGCUACGCCAGCGUCUCGUGCGUCUUUCCAAUGUGAAGGAGGAACGUGGAAUCGGGUGCGUGAACUUCUACACAUGCCUUGGAAGAGGUGCAUCUUCUCUUGUGGAGAAUACAUCAGCAAGCCAAACAUCUUUCAGUCAAAAAAUUAUUCGAUCGAAGAACAGGACGUUCUGUUCAUUACCAAAUGAGGUGGAGAACGGAGAGGAGUCUCAAAACCCAGGGCUUCUCUGGAACAAGGCCGUCAACGACCAGGCCACCGACGAGGUGAAUGCGCACAUCAACAUGUUCUUAUCCAAGCAGAACCCUGCAUUCUUCGAGAUGCUUAGUGAAGCGUGUGCGGUUCUGGUGAGAUCCAUCGACAAAGGCUGGUACAAUUCAUCUACCGAGUCAUCCGAGUCAGCUCAAUCGAAACAACCAGAAGCAAAAAGCAAAACCGACGAGGACUUCAUGGAUGCUGAUGACGUGGUCGUGGUUGACUGA